AUGCCGGGGAUCCUCACAGUAGGCUACAAUGCAUCACUACUCGGGGGUGUGUUGACACUGAAGAACUUCGAAGAACAGUUCCCCGAAAUCAACAUUGCCGCUGCUGUUGAUAAACCACAUGCGUCAACAAUCCAAGGCAUUGUUGUAGCCUCUUACACAAUAGGAGGCUUCUUCGGGACUCUCUCCUGUAUAUGGCUAGGUGACAGAUUUGGCCGCCGACGCACGAUAAUGGCAGGAUCAGUCGUCCAAGUCGUUGGAGCUGUUUUGAUGGCUUGUUCAGGCUCUCUCAUUCAACUCAUCACGUCUCGGAUCAUCCUCGGUGUAGGCACUGGUGCUCUACUAGCCACAAUCCCUCUUUGGCAAUCGGAGAUCUCGCCUGCCAACAAGCGUGGUGCUCACGUCGGCAUGAAGGGGAUAUUCAGCGGUUUUGGGUGUGCCCUGGCCCUUUUUCUCGACUUUGGAAUGUCAUUCACUCAAGGCAGUGUUGCCUGGAGAUUUCCUUUCGCUUUUGUGGUGCUACUUUCCAUCGCUGUUCUAGUGUUCAUCUACCUGUUACCUGAAUCUCCUCGGUGGCUUAUCCGACAAGGCCGACUAUCCGAAGCUAGUGAAGUCCUGGCAGCUCUCGAAGACACAUGUGUCGACGAUCAAGCCGUGGAAGCAAAAAUCAAAGAAGUCCAAAUAUCACUGGACUUGUUUGAGGAAAAGUCACUGGGGCAAAUAUUCCACAUGGGCCCUCAAAGAACAUUCCACCGAGCUAUGAUUGCUGCUUUGGCAAUGUUGUUCUUGCAACUCACCGGCUCUACGGUCAUCACCUUUUACACAACCGCAAUCUUCGAAAACAAUCUUUCCCUCAAUAACUCAACAUCCACGGUCCUGGCAGCGGUCUACCAGCUAGUUGGCCCCAUGGGCGGAGCCUUCUGCGUUUUCAAAAUUGACAGACUCGGCCGCCGUGUGUUGCUUUUAGGCAGUGCAAUCGGAAAUGUUGUCUGUCUGGCUUUAGUAGCUGGCCUCGGAACCCAAGCCGAUAACCCUCUCGCCAUGCGCGGUGCUGUUUUCUUCAUUUUCCUGUUUCAUUUCAGCUAUAUCAUCGGAUUUGGCGCAAUACCAUAUCUCUACGCCGCGGAGAUUGCGCCUUUGCAUCUACGCACAACUAUCAACAGUUUUAGCAUCAGCAUAUCCUGGGCGGUUAGCAUCUUACUCACUGUCGUCACUCCCAUUGCAUUCAACAGUAUGGGACAGACAUACUUUGUCAUUUUCGCGGGCUGCAAUGCAAUGAUGAUACCUGUUAUCUAUUACCUGUUUCCUGAGACCGCCGGGCGCAGUCUGGAGGAAAUGGAUAGGAUCUUCGCUCUUUCGCGAGGUCCUUUGGAUGCUGUCAAGGUUGCCCGGCUUCUUCAACAGGGACAAUCAUUUGACUUGUCGCUUGAAAAGGAACUUGACUCAAGCUUCAAGUGCCCGGAGCUUCAGCUUCGCGAGGUAUAUUCGGCUUGA